AUGAGUGCAGAUACUCUAAGUGUUACCAGACAUAACAAUUCUUCUGGAAAAACUCUCUUAGACAACUGGGUAGAAGAGGUAAGCGAGUAAAACUCGGUGUCAGUGUUUAUAAUGUAGUGAAAACUCACAUGAAGCUUUAGAAGUACAGGUAUUGGUUGUCAAAAUUGGAAAUAUUAAACCUGUUUUUUACCCUUUUUGCCUGCAGCGACAAACUGAACAGUUUGAUAAAGCCAGUGAUGUCGAUGUUUCUGAGCUACAUAAGCAAGGACAUAAGGUAAAGGAAGAUAUAUAAUAAUUAAUGAAAGUGUAACUUAUUCUUGUGGAUUGCUGAAGGGGGGGGGGGGGGGGGGGAUUAGAGAAGAAAAUAGUUUGGAGAACAUCGAGGCACCCAUGUUGGUAGUCAUACCUGUCCACUGCUUUCCUCUUGGUUGAGGGGGGAAACUUAGGCGAGGGAAGGACUGACGUAUCCUUUGUCCCUUCUUUGUCGUUUUCUUGAAAAGAGGAGUUUAUUUAAAUUCAUGCCUGUACAAGUUAUUAUCAUGGUUGAUAAGAUGUUCCAAUAUGCAUCGUGAUGAUUGAUUUGUUAUGAAAUUGUUCAUCUUUUCUAUAUCAGGGUAUCUUGACGACAGAUUUUAAUGCCGAAGCAGAGAGAUUGUCAACUGUCAGAGAUUCAUACAGGAAACCAGAGACACUUGGAGUACGAAAAAUUGGUUUGAGGCAACAACUUUUACAGGAAGAGCUCUACAGACAAGUGAGGUAUAUUAAAAGGAAGUUUGCUUGGAUGCCAAGUGAAUGAAACUUUUGUUUUGGCCAGCAAAUGAACUGGUCACUCUCCUGUUUACAGACUCCAAUAAACGAACACUUAUGACAAUGGAAGAAAUUUUAUUAAUUACUACAUUUGCAUUUAAUUUGCAUCUGCAGGUUACCCAGUUUUAUAUGCUUCUUCACUGUUAUAAAUUUACAAAAUUAAAAUACCUUUUCUGUAGGGAUUUUUUUUAACUAAAUGAGCGUUAUGGUUUUGCCAUGAACAAUGGUAGUCAACCAUUGAACUCCCAAGAUCCAAUUAGUAAUCCUCCCUAUUGUCUGCUAUACAUUUCCUUGUGACUUAAAGAUCAGAAUUUGGUCUCAUAUGAAAUAACACUCUCCAGCUGAUAAGCUUGCCUGUUCUCAUAAUCUGCUGGCAUGACAACAUAUUGGAAUUGCAAAGAGAAGUGAAUUUGCUUCUUUUGUUUUUAGUGCUGAAGUUGAUGAAGAAUUUAACCCUCCACCACCUACUGUGGAAUAUCUUUCCACAACCAAGAAGGAUUUUUCAAAAGGUUUGUCAUGUUAAAUGUUAACAGCAAAUUACUUGUAAUGUCAUAAUUUGUGCAAAAUAUCACUUACCUGUUAGUAAUGUGCUUGAAUCUUCCUAACUAUGUAUUUUAUUGUCAGUAACUUGUAUCACAAAUUGGUGUGUUAAUAUCAUUGUUGUUAUUUGUUAAUUUGUUACAGAGUUUACUCCGAUAGUCAAGGUACCAACACGGGUAAGCUUAUUAAAAACAUUUAGAAGGAAAUGUUUUCAGUGGAUGAUUCUGUAACUGUUAUUUAAGCUGUUGUCAUUCACACUUAACCAUGCACUCCAAUUUUUCUGACAACCUCUAGAAUUUUUUUGGAAUAGACUACUUGAAGCAGAUUGCCUUAAUUAUUUAGUUAACGCAAUACAUAUGGGUUAUUGUGUUGUAUUCUUUGGCAAGGCACCUAACUACAACAGGGCCCAGUUGUUUGAAGGCAGAUUAGUGCUAACCCAGGGUUAAAUGUUAAUCCAGGUUUCAAUAUUUCUCUGUUCUAAAGCCCCUUCAGGAUAAUUUUCCUUAUUCUUUUUAAACCAUCUAAUUAUGAAAUUGUAGACAAAAUUUUGUUGAUGUUGACUUUCUUUCAAAGCUUUGAAAUUCAGAUCUGAAAUCAAAUUUCACACUAACCCUGGCUUUUCUUAAACCAGCUUUGAACAACUCAGCUCAGGAGUUUAAAUGGGAAUUAGAAAACCAUCAGAAACUAAGGAAAACUUGAAAUAAUCCAUGGGGUCACCUGCAAUGAUUUGGCAUCCCAUCCACUUGGGACAUCCUCCUGGUUACGUUAUACUACAAAAACUGGGGAUAGGCAGAUGAGAGCCACUUGACCUUCAGACUUUACAACCUGUAUUUUCUACAAAAUAAUCCUUAGAAAAUUUCUGUUUUGUCUUGCUACUCAGGAUCAUGAUGUCAAGACAGAACAACCUGCAACCUUUUGGCUGGAAAGAUCUGAAGAAGUUCAUGUAAGUACUAUGGAUGUCAACAUUUUUAGUAAGGUUGGAAGAGAGCUCUAGCAGGGUCUUGAUUAAUUACAUUUAGCAGCCUGCAAGGUUGUUUUUACAGGUAAUAAUGAGAUGUGAACCAAUUAUCAUAUUUGUGAACAGGGCUUAUCUUAUGCAUCAAGUCCUCAAAUAUACUGAGAAAAACUUACAGAAAACAUUAACUGCAACCUGAAAUUUGUGUAGUCUAAACCUAUAAUAAUCUGGAUUUUUUUUUCUUUCUAGGGUGUAUCUCAAGUGCGGACCAAGGACACCCCAUUCCGUAAAAAUGCUGCCUUUAGUACUCCAAUAGAUGAGUACAAAGAUGCACCUAAGCCAGGAGAAGGAUGGAAAUUUUAA